AUGACCCUCGAAAGCUGCGCUAGUUUCUGCAGCGGCUUCACUUACUUCGGUACCGAGAACAGUCGAGAGUGUUACUGUGGUAAUCAGCUCAAUUUCGGAAGUUACCAAGCCCUUAACCAAAAGGACUGCUCUGCUACCUGCGCAGGUGACAAGACAGACUACUGUGGUGGCACGCUUCGCUUACAGCUGUACAAAGCUGGUGCUAAGACUACAACUACACCAUCUGUGGACCAGGGUAACAAGAACUUCACAAGCUACUCAUGCGUCUCGGAGCCUUUCCUCGGCCGUUUACUGCCUCAACUAGUCAUGAACGACGGUAACUCCAUGACGAUUGAUACAUGUCUUGAGAAGUGUUGGAUGUAUAAAUACGCAGGUGUCGAGAACGGUCGCGAAUGUUGGUGCGGCAACACCAUCAAUUGGCAAGGUCUUCUACCAACUUUUGGUCAGGGCAAGAAUGUUUCCAUGACGGACUGCAACAUCGGCUGCCCUGGAAAUAACCUUGCAUAUUGUGGCGGUCUGGCCAGGAUGAAUCUGUACAUUAACAAGUCUUCAGCUUUGGCGUUUUUGAAGAAGCAUAAGAGACGGCAUGCGAAGGGAUUUUGA